AUGUCCGUACAGCAAUGGAUCACGCCCCUCCAGGGUCUCGAUAGUCUGCGCCAGACCGAAGUACCGAUGCCCACCCCGAGCCAGGGUGAAGUGCUAGUGGAAAUCCAUGCGGUCUCGCUGAAUUAUCGCGAUGUCGAAGGCGAGUAUAAGCACCAUAAAGCUUCUGAGCAGGAUGCUACCCUCGUCCCUUGCUCGGACAUGUGUGGUGUGGUCACUCACGUUGGUACCGGCGUGACAAAAUGGGCGGUGGGCGAUCGUGUCCUCUCCACCUGCUUCCCGGACCAUCUCACCGGGCAGAUCACCGAAAAAGAGCUGUCCCGGAGCCUGGGGUCGCCACAGGAUGGCGUCCUGGCCACUCACCGGGUUUUUCCCGAGUAUGCCCUGAUCAAAGCUCCCGACUACUUGUCCGACCAGGAGGCGAGCACGUUGCCGAUCGCGUCAGUCACAGCAUGGAUGUCCAUCAACGGAAUGCGACCCAUGGGCCAGAGUGGUGGCAAGGGCGAGUAUGUUUUGUUCCAAGGCACCGGAGGCGUGUCCAUCGCCGGAUUGCAGAUUGCCAAGGCAUCCGGGGCGAAAGGUGAGGUGCAGUCGAAACUAGAAAAAACACACCAACUGAGAUGGCCAUCUAGUGAUCAUCACCUCCUCCAGCGAGGCGAAAUUGGAGCAGGCAAGACAGUUGGGUGCUGA